AUGCACUCCGAAGUGUUAGAUCGGUCCCAGUGCGGCAACCAUAGCCUGAGAAUGGAGAUAGAAGGACUGAGGAGAGCCUUGCACUGGUUGAUCAUGCAAGGAUUAGAAAUAGCAUCCCUCACGACGGACAGAAGCCGGAGCUUUGGUUGCGUACUGGAUGAAGUAGAGCGUGUACACGGUACCGCUAUUGAGCAUUAUUUUCGAUGGACUGGCAUCUCGUGA